CAAAUUUUUCCAAUUGGUGAGUCUUCUCUUAUCUAGUAUCUAUUAUUAACUCUAAUAUGGAUACUUCCUUUUAUUCAUCCUUCUCUACAUGCCAAACCCAAAACUACUACCACUCCUCCCACCACCAAAACCACCUACAAUCCACCACCCCGGCGGAGUCGGAUUCCUCGUGUUCCGCCGGAUCAUCAUCGGAGUCAUUCCCUUGGGACGAUUUUUGGUCUAGUUAUAAUUCGGUUUCACUCCCUCAACUUCCUAUUAAUAUUGAUGAUUCAGAUGAGAUAGCGCUUUUUAACAUGUUAUCAGAGCAGGAAAUGCAGGGGACGACUAGGGUUAAAAUAGAACCCACGUCCCCUGCUUCAACUAAUUCAUGCUCCACGUCAACAUUUUCUCAAGUUGACGUGGGGCCUAUUGAGGAAGAGGAGAAGAGAGCCUAUAGAGGAGUAAGAAGGCGUCCAUGGGGUAAAUACGCGGCGGAGAUCCGUGAUUCGACACGAAACGGUGUCCGAGUUUGGCUCGGUACAUUCGACAGCGCGGAGGAGGCCGCCAUGGCCUAUGAUCAGGCGGCUUUCUCGAUGAGGGGAACAAUGGCCGUGCUCAAUUUUCCUGUAGAGGUAGUGAGGGAAUCAUUGAAAGAGAUGAAAAGAGAAGAUGAAUUUGAAGAAAAUAGUGAAAAUUGCUCUACUUCACCUGUUAUUGCAUUAAAGAGAAAGCACUUAAUGAAGAGAAAAUCAAUGGGUUUAAGUGCUAGAAAAAGAGAAAGAAGAGAUAAAAAUCAAGCUACUUCUUCAACUGCUGCAACUAUGGUAGUAUUUGAAGAUUUGGGUUCUGAUUAUUUGGAACAAUUAUUGAGUUGUUCUUAAGAAAGAAGAGAAAAACAAGAAAGGUUACAAUUUUGAUUCCUCUGUUUUUUGGACCCUUAAAAACAAGGGAAAAAAACAGGGGAAUGAUAUAAUUUGAUAGAAUAUAAAUAUAGUUAGGAUAUAUUUUGUUCUUAGAAUUCUACUCUAAAAUGAUUAGGAAACCUAUCAAGAGUAUAAUUUUCGAACAAAAUAUAUUUUAAUUAUAUUUGUAUUUUAUCAUAAUUUAUAAAGUUACUUUUUUUUUUUUGAAGAGUUUUUUUUUUUUUGGUUACUCUUGCUAUGAUUAGUUGAUCCCCUUCGUUUCUUUUGUAUAUAUGGAGAAUGGAGUUGUAUUGGUACUUUAAAAAAAAAACAUUGUAAGUUUGUGGUUUUUCCAUGAAGAUAUUUAUAAUUAUUUUUGGAGAAAUAAUUUUGUAAUAUUUCUUGUAUAUAUUCUUUAUUUCAGAAGGUAUUAGUAAUAGUAUUUAUUAAGAACAGUUUUGUAAUAUUAUCUUUUUGCAUUGAUCUAUAAACGAAAACAUAUAUAUUAGCAUC